AAGACUUAAAGCAAUAAAAGGCUUUGCUUUAGGCCAUUUGGAAUCAGUUACCAGCGAGACGUUCAACCAGCCAAAUAUGAAAGCCGUUCUAAUCGCUGUCGCCGGUCUGUUGGCCAUAGGUGUCCACGCACAGACAAGUUGCCCCACACCAACCUAUACGGAGGACAUUGUACCCAAAUGCUUGACUGACAAGCGCGUCAAGCUACCAAGCUACGCGGAUCCGUACAGUUACUAUGACUGCUCAACUGGCACUGCCAAAUUGACCAAAUGUGAAACCGGUAUUUUCACCUAUGUGUACCAGCAAUGCACCACAUGCGCCCAGUAUAUCCCAGCCCCUGAUUGUUCCGCCCUUAAAUUGGGCCUUACGUGCACUCCCAUUGCGGAUGGCCCCACAACCGCAACCACCCCUGAAGUGACAGUAAUUACCGAUACAUCGACCGCCGUUACAAAGACCACCAAAUCCACCGCGACUCCAACUGGUUCAACAACACCUUCACCACCUGCUCCACCUUCGGAUUCAACAGCUGCUUCCGGCACAAGCACACCCAUCACCGACGAUGGCACCACCAUAUAUGUUCCCCCACCACCCGGUCCAGCUGAUCCCAAUGUGCCUCAGCCAAGCUCUCCAUCUCCAACGGUCGGCACUUUUCCCACUGGUCCCCCAUAGGCUGAACAAAAUUUACAUUGAAUACAUUGAAUAAAGCAAUGAUUGGCAUGCAUACAU